ACCCUAGCCCCGCCCCGAUGCCGGAGCCCCCCGUCCCGGCCUGGCUCCGCGGCCUGCCGCGCGCCCCGGAGUACCGCCCCACCGAGUCCGAGUUCGCCGACCCCAUCGCCUUCCUCUCCCGCGUCGAGCGCGAGGCCGCCGCCUUCGGCAUCUGCAAGGUCAUCCCCCCCUACCACCGCCCCUCCCGCCGCUACGUCUUCGCCCACCUCAACCGCUCCCUCCUCUCCUCCCCCUCCACCAACCCCACCCCCAACCCCGCCGCCUCCGACUCCUCCGCCAACCCUACCCCAUCCCCCUCCCCCGCCCCCUCCCCCUCCCCCUCCCCCGCCGCCCUCUUCACCACCCGCCACCAGGAGCUCGGCACCGCGCGCCGCGGCCGCCCGCCGCCGCAGGUGCUCAAGCAGGUCUGGCAGAGCGGCGAGCGCUACACGCUCGACCAGUUCGAGGCCAAGUCCCGCGCCUUCGCCAAGGCCCACCUCGCGGGCCUCCGCGACCCGACCCCGCUCGCCGUCGAGUCCCUCUUCUGGAAGGCCUCCGCCGACCGCCCCAUCUACAUCGAGUACGCCAACGACGUCCCCGGAUCCGGCUUCGCCGCCUCCGUGCAGUCGCAUCGGAGCCCGCACAAGAAGCGGAGGCGGGAGGGCGCCCCGAAUUCCGUUGACGAAGGGGACAAGGCCACGGGGUGGAAGCUGUCCUGCAGCCCCUGGAACCUUCAGGCCAUUGCGCGGGCUCCAGGGUCGCUCACCCGCUUCAUGCCCGACGAUGUUCCCGGGGUAACCUCUCCCAUGGUCUACAUCGGGAUGCUCUUCAGUUGGUUCGCAUGGCACAUCGAGGACCAUGAGCUCCACAGUCUCAACUUCCUCCACACCGGUGCACCCAAGACGUGGUAUGCGGUUCCAGGGGAUCGGGCCGCUGAGCUCGAGGAAGUUAUCCGUGUGCAUGGCUAUGGAGGCAAUCCUGACCGCCUUGCGUCCCUGGCAGUGCUUGGGGAGAAAACCACAUUGAUGUCCCCUGAGGUCAUUGUAGCCUCUGGUCUGCCCUGCUGUAGGUUGGUACAACAUCCUGGUGAAUUUGUGGUGACCUUCCCAAGGGCCUACCAUGUUGGGUUUAGUCAUGGAUUUAAUUGCGGAGAAGCUGCCAACUUUGCAACUCCCCAGUGGUUGAAGUUUGCCAAAGAGGCCGCAGUUCGAAGAGCUGUGAUGAAUUAUCUUCCAAUGCUCUCUCAUCAACAGCUUCUGUAUUUGCUAGCAGUUUCCUUUAUAUCCAGAACCCCCAGAGAAUUAUUGUAUGGAAUUCGAACCUCUCGUUUGAGAGACCGGAGAAAAGAAGAAAGGGAACUACUGGUCAAACGGGAGUUCUUACAGGAUAUGAUUAGUGAAAAUGAGCUUUUGUGUUCUUUCCUCAAGAAGAAAUUAAUUGAUAAUGCUGUUCUAUGGGAGCCUGACCUGCUGCCAUCUUCUACUGCUUUACAUUCCUGCUCCUCUGGCCCAAAAGCUCUUUGGAAGGCUGAUGAUGUUCACAGUAUCGAAUCUAUCCCCAAAGAGAACGGUUCAUCUGAUGGUAUUGCAUCCAUAGCUGGGAUACAACCUAAAUGCAUGUCUAUGGACAGCAAAUCGUCUGAUGCUGUGUCUGUUUCUGAAGCGCAAAAACUUGAUGCUGACACUGAUGAUGAUGGUGACCUUCCUUUUGACUUGAGCAUCGAUUCUGGCUCAUUGACCUGUGUUGCUUGUGGAAUUCUUGGCUUCCCAUUUAUGGCAAUUUUGCAACCCUCCAAAAAGGCAUUGGAAGAGAUGUCCCUUGCUGAUAUAGAGAGAUUUAAGCUGAACUGUGAAAAAGAGAACCAUUCAAAUGCAAUUCCAUGUUCUGAUGAUGGUAAUUCAGGACAUCCUGUUAUUGCCAAUAGACCUUCCAGUCCCGUGGCACAGUCUAAAUUCAGUCAUCAGAAUGCGGAAUCGCAUAAAGAUGGUGUGGGAGUUGGCGGACCCCUGCUGCCACAUAGUAAUAGCUCACAUUCUUGCAGCAGUGAAAACACCCUUAAUCGGUGCAUCAACUCAGAGAUGACCGAGACGAAAAUAUUGAGCACUGGUUUUGAAACCGACUUUAGUAAACAAAUUGGCGAAGUUGACAUGGAUGGACAAGCCGUUGAAAGUUGUGCCAACACUGUUGACUGGAAUAUAACUUCUGCAUUUGUACGCCCCCGUAUCUUUUGCUUGCAACAUGCCCUUGAGAUUGAGGAGUUGCUUGAAGGCAAAGGGGGUGCACAUGCUCUCAUCAUCUGCCAUGCAGAUUACACCAAGCUAAAAGCACUUGCAAUAUCAAUUGCAGAGGAAAUCGAGUUUCAGUUUGACUGUAAAGAUGUCCCACUUGCAAAUGCAUCCAAAUCUGAUCUGCAUCUAAUCAACAUUGCAAUUGAUGAUGAGGGGUACAGGGAAGAUGAAAGAGAUUGGACGAUACAGAUGGGUCUAAACAUGAAAUAUUUUGCCAAGCUUAGGAAAGAAACACCAGGGUGCCAAGAGCAGCCUCCUUUAUCCUUUUGGAAGAGAUUAGAUAUCUCAGAUAAGCCUUCACCUAUAUCUGUUGUUCCAAACCUCAAAUGGCUCUGCAGGAGAGCACGAACCCCAUAUAGGGUUGUUGGUCAUGUCUCCAAUCGUAAUGUCACAGUAGCCGCUGACGAGGUCAACCCUGCAGCUACAAAGACUGAGAUGGACACUUCUGGAAAUGUUUAUGAGAAUGGCAAAAGACAGCAAACUGCUAAACAAGAUGCCCCUCUGGAGCCAAGUAGGUUGCUAGAAGCUGACGAUGUAGCCGAUAUGCACGCGUGUUCUGAAGACAAUGAACAUUGUCUGAUUGGUAGCAAAACACAGCAAGUUGCUGAACAAGAUGCCCCUCUGCAGCCAAUUAGGUUGGAAGAAGCUGACGAUGUAGUCGAUAUGCACACGUGUUCUGAGGACACUGAUCAGGACAUGCAUCGUGUGAUUGGUAUCCGUAUUGCUGUUGCUGAAUAUCCGAUGAUGCAUCAAGUUUGUGACGGUCCAGUAAAUGUUAGUUCCUGUGAACUUGAUGGUCUGGUAAGUGCUAGCACUUGUGACGAUUCAGUUUGUUCAGCGCAUUCUCAGGAUUCACCCGAGGUGUCAGAUGACUUUACCACUGAACAGCAAUGUGUCCAGUUAGGUGAGUUGACUAGUUCUGCGGCUAUGUCUGUACAACAGUUCCUUGUUGACGAAAGUAUGACUGCAGAAGACAGCAGCAAUCACGAAAACUUGGGUUCUUAUAAUAUUACUUCAGAGUGCAAAGAUAAACAGUUGCAAGUUCAACAACAGGAUAAUAUUGAACUUGGAGUUGAGGCCGUCAAUCUAAAGAGCGCUAUUGCCACUGAGUCACAGCACGAGCAUCUGAAGAGAGAUGUCAUCGUUUCGGAAGGCGUGCAAGCUGCUUUGACGACAGUGGUCUCUGGAGAUAAUAGAAAUUCAGUUCACACAGAAUCAGAUUCUCUUGGUAUUUUACUUGGAGCUUUAGCAGAAGAAUCUAUUCUAUCAGACAAUCCUGGGAAAGAUGAGGUUGACGAUGCUUCCUUGACAUUGUUGACGCUGGCUAGCAAUGACCAGUCUGCAGAUGAGGUUGCACACAAUGAAGUUAUAGAGACGCCUAGCUCUUCUGUUGGCGCAUCCCUUUCAUGUAAGGGGCGGACUUUGUCAAAUUUGGCAUCUUAUAGAUCGCUUGGGAUUCAGAACCCAGACAAACAAGAAUAUGGUGACGAAGUUGGUGUCUGGAGCUGCCAGGGUUUGAAGAACGGCAGAGGAAUACGUAGUUCAGCAAACGGUGUGUCAGAAACAAGCAAAAAUUCAGGUGCACCAAAAACUUAUCAACCAGAUCUAUUGUCUAGAAGCAUUGGAAGCUCAAAAAGAACAAGCAUUAUAUGCUAUGUCAGACGCAAGCAUCGGCGCAAAAGAAAGAGGGGAUCUGAGCCAAGUGCCAGUAGUUCACAAAGUCUUGGGAGCUUUGCCCGCGCCCCAUGUGAGAGCCUGAGACCCAGGAGGAAAACUGCAGUAAUCGAAGAGGCGGCAGAGCAGACUGAAAUCGCAAAACCUCUCGCUGCCGCGACCAAGGGCAAGAGGUCCAAGGUGGUGGAGUUAUUUCAGUGCGAGAUUGAUUACUGUGACAUGACAUUUGAGAGCAAAGAGGACCUCCGUGCUCAUGAGCGCAACAUCUGCACCGAUGAGUCGUGCGGCAAGCGCUUCCAGUCGCACAAGUACCUGAAGCGCCAUCAGUGCGUGCACCGCGACGAGAGGCCGUUCAAGUGCCCCUGGGCCGGCUGCGGGAUGACCUUCAAGUGGCUGUGGGCGCAGACUGAACACAUUAGAGUCCACACGGGAGAGCGCCCCUACGAGUGCGCAGUCCCUGACUGCGGGCAGACGUUUAGGUACGUCUCGGACUACAGUCGGCACCGGAGGAAGUUUAAUCAUUACUGAUUGGUCGUCGCAGCACUGCUGGGGGGCAAAGGCUCCUCCUCGGGUGGUGCUGCUUUGUGUUAUAUAAGGUACGUCCGUCCUUGUUUGUUGUAGCAGGCUAGCAGCUCACGUAUUUAAUUAACCGCCAAACGGCUGGUAGUCUAGUGUUAAUCCCCUUGGUUAACAAUGUGCCGAGUUUAGUCAGGAAGUAGAGAUAGUUUGGGGGCUAAAAGGCUUGCAUCAAGAUGCAGAUGGCCCUUCAUUCUUUUUCUCCGUCAAUGUAUGUAGUUCCCUUGAUAAAGUUUAUUUAUCAAUGUGAUCAUGCUGAAAUCUCCCUCAGUUGAGUGAUGUAUCUAAUCUAAUCGAUGGUAUAGUUUUAUUA